CACAACAGUCAAAAGUCGCAACAAAAUAAGCCACGCGUCCCUUUAGAACUGAUUCCAAAGAAUCCCCUGUCGGUUACCCUCGCAGCCGGUAGAUUUACUGGACACGUGUCAGUAAAAUUCUCCCAUUUCUUUAUAGCCGCAUUUAUACUCCACCAUCUUCACACGACCCAAAAAGCAACACUUUCCCCCUGCAAAAACCCACCAUAAUUUCCGCUUCAAUUUCAUCGGAAAUUCUACAACUCUUCAUCUUCUUCUUCUUUCUCAUGCUUUCCAAAUCACUCCCAUCCUCCCCUGCAUUCAGAAUUGACACAAAAACCAAAACCUCCUUCGCAAAAAUCCUCCAAUCAUUUUUCUCAAUCCAAAACCCUCGAGCAUGGAUUCUCUUCAUCGUCCUCUUCAUCCAGAUCCUCUUAUUCUUCAACCUCCGUAGAUUACCAACCCCAGUCGCCCUUCACCACCAUCACUUCCCCACUCGCCUCGCUCUCACCCAAACCGCCGCAAUUCACAACGGCACUGUCUUGGAUUCUUCUCCCACUAUCGACAACAACGAUCAAUGCGGUUCCGGUAGGGUUUUUGUCUACGACCUUCCUAAAUUCUUCAACCAAGAAAUUCUCGAUAAUUGCGACAAUCUCAAUCCAUGGAGUUCUCGCUGUGACGCCCUCUCCAACGACGGAUUUGGACAGAGUGCAACCGGACUUGCCGGAAUCAUCCCGGAGAAUCUCCUUCCUUCGUGGUACUGGACGGACCAAUUCGUCUCAGAAAUUAUCUUCCACAACCGCAUACUAAACCACAAGUGCAGAACCAUGGAGCCAGAAUCCGCUGCGGCGUUCUACAUACCAUUCUACGCUGGACUCGCGGUAGGGAAGUACUUAUGGCUGAAUUCUUCCACUGCGAAGGAACGCGAUCGUCACUGCGAGAUUAUGCUGACGUGGCUUCAGGAGCAGCCGCAUUACAAAAAAUCCAAAGGCUGGGAUCAUUUCCUAACGAUGGGGCGCAUCUCAUGGGAUUUUCGCCGCUCCAAAGACGAAGAUUGGGGUUCUAGUUGCAUCUACAAGCCAGGGUUAAGAAACAUCACGCGCCUUCUCAUAGAGCGAAACCCGUGGGACUAUUUCGACAUCGGUAUUCCCUACCCUACUGGAUUCCACCCCGAUUCCUAUUCAGACGUCAUUCGCUGGCAGAGUUUCGUCCGCGAACGCCGGCGAAACUCGCUAUUCUGCUUCGCCGGUGCUCCUCGCCGCACUUUCCGCAACGAUUUCAGGACAAUUCUGUUGAAUCAAUGCCGUGAAUCUGGUGGAUCGUGUCGCACGGUGGACUGCACCGGGUCACGGUGCUUCAACGGAACAUCAGCUAUCACAGAAACCUUUCUCGACUCCGAUUUUUGUUUGCAACCAAGAGGGGAUAGUUUCACGCGCCGGUCGAUUUUUGAUUGCAUGGUAGCCGGUUCGAUACCGGUUUUUUUCUGGCGGAGAUCCGCUUAUUUUCAGUAUCAAUGGUUUUUACCGGAUGAACCGGGGAGUUACUCGGUUUAUAUAGACCGGGACGCAGUAAAAAACGGUACUUCUGUUAAAGCAGUGCUCGAGAGUUACACAAAAGAAGAGGUAAGUAAUAUGAGGGAGAAAGUAAUUGAGUACAUUCCAAGGAUGGUUUAUGCAAAACAUAGCAAAGGGAUAGAUGGUGUUAAAGAUGCAUUUGAUUUUGCCAUGGAAGGUGUAUUUACAAGGUUCAAGGAACAACUACAACCUGGGUUUCAUAAGUGGAAAUAAGAAUGAGGUAAAUUGCAUUGCAUGUUGGUAGAUUUAGAUAGAAAAAAUAAAAAUUAUAGACAAAUAAUGAUGCAUCGUAGUUGUUUCAAACAUAAAUUUGGUAGGUUAGAGUUUUUGUCCUUUGCCUGUAUGGAUUUAUUUAUUUAUUUAUAUAGGAUGUACCAUAUUGAUAUUGA